AUGGCUGCUCUACCCUCCUGUCAGUUUGCCCAGUAUGCGGAGAUCGUCCACUUCACCCUCCCAGAUGGGACUCAGAGGAGCGGGCAGGUGCUUGAGGUGGCUGGCACCAAGGCGAUUGUUCAGGUGUUUGAAGGGACAUCAGGGAUCGAUGCCAGGAAGACCACUUGCGAAUUUACAGGGGACAUCCUACGAACUCCGGUGUCGGAGGACAUGCUGGGUCGGGUUUUCAAUGGCUCCGGCAAACCCAUUGACAAGGGGCCCGUGGUCAUGGCAGAGGACUUUCUGGAUAUCAAUGGCCAGCCCAUCAACCCACACUCCCGCAUCUACCCCGAGGAGAUGAUUCAGACGGGCAUUUCUCCUAUUGACGUCAUGAACAGCAUUGCCCGUGGCCAGAAGAUCCCCAUCUUCUCAGCAGCCGGUCUCCCCCACAAUGAGAUUGCCGCUCAGAUCUGCCGCCAGGCGGGGCUGGUGAAGAAGUCCAAGGCUGUGCUGGAUUAUCAUGACGACAACUUUGCCAUCGUCUUUGCAGCCAUGGGGGUGAACAUGGAGACAGCUAGAUUCUUCAAGUCUGACUUUGAGCAGAAUGGAACCAUGGGGAAUGUCUGCCUCUUUCUGAACUUGGCCAAUGACCCCACGAUCGAGCGGAUCAUCACCCCGCGCCUGGCGCUGACCACUGCUGAAUUCCUUGCCUACCAGUGUGAGAAGCAUGUGCUGGUUUUACUGACGGACAUGAGUUCCUAUGCAGAGGCCUUGCGGGAGGUCUCUGCUGCUAGAGAGGAGGUGCCUGGGCGCCGAGGGUUUCCUGGAUAUAUGUACACAGACCUGGCCACCAUCUACGAGCGGGCGGGCCGCGUGGAGGGUCGGGGAGGAUCCAUCACGCAGAUCCCCAUCCUCACCAUGCCCAACGACGAUAUCACCCACCCCAUCCCAGACUUGACGGGCUUCAUCACAGAGGGACAGAUCUACGUGGACAGACAGCUUCACAACAGACAGAUCUACCCCCCCAUCAACGUGCUCCCUUCCCUGUCGCGGCUGAUGAAGUCAGCCAUUGGGGAAGGCAUGACAAGAAAGGACCAUGGAGAUGUCUCCAGCCAGCUGUACGCCUGCUAUGCCAUCGGGAAGGACGUGCAGGCCAUGAAGGCAGUAGUUGGGGAGGAGGCGCUCACCUCUGAGGACCUGCUCUACCUGGAAUUCCUGCAGAAGUUUGAGAAGAACUUCAUCAACCAGGGCCCCUACGAGAACCGCUCGGUGUUCGAGUCGUUGGACCUGGGCUGGAAGCUGCUGCGCAUCUUCCCCAAGGAGAUGCUGAAGCGCAUUCCGCAGGCCGUGAUCGACGAGUUCUACUCCCGCGAGGGGGCGCUGCAGGACCUCGCGCCUGACACUGCGCUCUAGCCCCGCGCGCCGUGGCACCCCAACACCGGCAGGGAACCUGCCCUCGGCUCCCGGGUCUCCCCUCCCUCGCCACCCCAACCAG